UAAUGUUUUCGAACAGCUGUUUGCUGUGAUUUUUCGGCUACAGCAUAGCCUCCCCAUGAUGCAAAGAAUUUCUUUCUAUCAUUCUUGUAGCCUCCCAAUAUGCACAAUACAACGUUAUCUUUGAAACAGCUUCCCAUCUUCGCACUGUGUCAGUAGGCGCCCAAACAUAAAAGCAUUCGGUCCAUUAAAUUGCCUUCAGAAAUUAAAUAUACACAAGUGAGCACGCACGCAGCAAGUGAUAGUAGUGAGCAGCGUUGUCGGAAAAUUGUGAAUAAUUUCAGUUCUUCGUUAUAAGUUUUUGUUUGGCUGUGAAACAAAUUCCAGAAUGGAUCCAAUGAAAGUUGAAGUGAAACGCAUUGAGGACCUCCUGAAGUUAGAUGGCUAUUUGAAGCCAUUCGAACGUGAAAUCCGACGCAGACAUGGCGUACUCAAGGAGUGGAUCGGUAAAAUCGAUCAACUUGAAGGCGGUAUGGACGCUUUUUCACAGGGCUACAAACACUACGGUCUACACUUUCAGCCAGAUAACUCGGUGAUUGCGCGUGAAUGGGCGCCCGGCGCGCAGCAAGUUUACCUCACUGGCGAUUUUAACAACUGGCAUUGGGAGGCGCAUCCCUAUAAAAAACUCGAUUUCGGCAAGUGGGAAUUGCAUUUGCCAGCCAAUGCCGAUGGCAGCGCACCCAUUAAGCAUCUUAGCGAAGUGAAGGUGAUCAUACGCAACCAGGCUGGCCACUUGUUGGAUCGCCUCUCACCCUGGGCCACAUACGUGCGCCAACCGCCCAAAGAGGCCAAUCAGGGCGUCAACUAUAAGCAGUAUGUGUGGAAUCCACCGCCAACGGAGCGCUACAUUUGCAAACAUCCACGACCCAAACGUCCCAAAUCGUUGCGCAUAUAUGAAUGUCAUGUGGGCAUAGCUUCGCAAGAGCCGCGCGUCGGUUCAUAUCAGAAUUUCGCUGAAAACAUAAUACCGCGCAUCAAGCGUCAAGGUUACAAUGCCAUACAAGUGAUGGCUAUCAUGGAGCAUGCGUACUACGCUAGCUUUGGCUACCAGGUGACCAGUUUCUAUGCCGCCUCAAGCCGUUAUGGCACGCCCGAGGAGCUGAAACGCAUGAUCGAUGUGGCGCAUGAACACGGCUUAUUUGUGCUGUUGGAUGUGGUGCAUUCACAUGCGAGCAAGAACGUGCAAGAUGGGCUAAAUCAAUUUGAUGGCACUAAUGCGUGCUACUUCCAUGAUGGUGCGCGCGGUGAGCAUGCAUUGUGGGAUAGUCGACUUUUCAAUUACGUGGAGUUUGAGGUGUUGCGCUUUUUGCUCUCCAAUUUGCGUUGGUGGCAUGAUGAGUACUUCUUCGAUGGCUAUCGUUUUGAUGGUGUAACUUCCAUGUUAUAUCAUUCGCGCGGCAUUGGCGAAGGUUUCAGCGGUGACUAUAAUGAAUAUUUUGGCCUAAAUGUUGAUACGGACGCGUUGAAUUAUUUGGGACUAGCCAACUAUAUGCUGCACACACAGAAUCCAGAAGUCAUCACCAUUGCAGAGGACGUCUCCGGUAUGCCCACUCUUUGCCGGCCGGUCGACGAAGGUGGCAUCGGUUUCGACUACCGUCUAGCCAUGGCCAUACCUGACAAAUGGAUCCAACUGCUGAAGUUGCACACAGAUGACACCUGGAAUAUUGGCGACAUUGUGCACACGCUGACAAAUCGUCGCUGGAUGGAGAGCGCUGUCGCCUAUGCUGAGUCGCACGAUCAGGCACUGGUGGGUGAUAAAACGAUCGCCUUCUGGCUAAUGGACAAGGAAAUGUACACGCACAUGUCCACACUCUCUGAGCCGUCGUUGAUCAUCGAUCGCGGUAUUGCGCUGCACAAAAUGAUACGCUUGAUAACGCAUGCACUUGGUGGUGAGGCGUAUCUCAAUUUUAUGGGGAAUGAGUUUGGCCAUCCUGAGUGGUUGGAUUUCCCACGUGUGGGCAAUAAUGAUUCCUAUCACUAUGCGCGUCGUCAAUGGAAUUUGGUCGAUGACCAGAUGUUAAAGUACAAAUUUUUGAACGAGUUCGAUCGUGCCAUGAAUGAGGCAGAAGAACGUUACGGUUGGCUGCAUUCGAAUCCGGCAUAUGUGAGCUGGAAGCAUGAGGGUGACAAGGUAAUUGCGUUUGAACGUGCUGGCUUAGUGUUUGUAUUCAAUUUCCAUCCGACGCAAAGUUUCACUGGCUACCGCGUCGGCACGAAUUGGGCUGGUACUUACCAAGCUGUGCUGAGCUCGGAUGAUGAAUUGUUUGGCGGUCAUAAUCGCAUCGACAAGAGUUGCAAGCAUUUUACGCGACCUGAAGGCUAUGCCGGACGGGAGAAUUUCUUUGAGGUUUAUACACCCUCCCGCACAGCUGUGGUUUACGCGCAUGUCAGCGACUAGAUGCUACUUGUGUAACGGCAUCCUAUAAGUUAUGCGCACAUAGUACUCAUAUUUUUGUAGUUGUAAUAAGUUUCAAUUUGUAUUAGGAAAAGUGGUAUCAUAAGCAAAAAAAAACAAAAUUGAAAAGUUUUCUAUUAAAGGUAGAGUUAAAAAAAACGA